GUUUUGAUCGCACAGCGCUACGGUAGUGCGCCCGCGCAUGUAGUGAACAUGUUAAAGUUUUGGAUUUUCUUGACAUUUCUUGUCACAGGCCUUACAGCCAAUGACUCCUUCGAGUGGAGCAGCGAAUAUGAUACACCAUUUGACUCUAUAAGUGAAGAGGGAAGCGAUGUCGUCAGGACUACAAAGUCUGAUACCGAUAAUGUACCGGAAGCUUACUAUUCAGAGAUAUUUGAAGAUGGAAACUAUGAUUCUAUGAAACAGUUAAAUGACUACCAAGAAGAGGAUAAUAGAUCGGUAGGAAAGGAUGAUAAAAUUAAUGAAAGAAUAGACUUACAUGAUGGUAAUGUAGACGAAAGUUUCGAUCUAUCUAGCUUUAGCGAUCCCGAUAAAAAAUCAUUAUCGCAGGAAAUUAAUGAUGAAAUUUACGACAGUGAUGAUGACGUGGUUGAUAUACCAGCCAGUGAAGAAGCAAUUCAGAAAAUACUAAAUGACACGAAGUCAAUACUUUUAGAAGACACGCAAAAUGACUUCGAAGAAUAUUCUUCCAUAAAAGAUGAAGCUAAUAAAAACAUCACAGAAACUUACAAAGAUAUAAUAGAGGAAACAAAAGCUUUAAUAGAGCAGAUUGACGGAACAUUGGACGAGAAAAUUAAUGAAAGCGACGAUACGAAGGAUUUAGAAACAAACACAGAUGCCAACGAUGAUAACAUUAAAAGUAAUGAUUUAAUUGCUGAUUUGGUCGAAUUGAAUGAAAUUAAAAAUAAACUUAGCAAUGUUGAUGAUAAAUUUGGAGAGGAGAACGAAGAUAUUAUGAAUUAUGAUGAAAAAGACUAUGAAGAACUUAAUGAUGAUAAUUUAGAUCAGAUAUUUGAUGAAAAUGAUGUAACAAGAAAAAAAGCAGAAGUCGUUAAAGUUCACAAAGUUGAGCCUCUUUCAGAUGAUUCUGAUUCAAUAUUCCAAAACAUGAAACUGAUACACUUCCAAAAUGAUGAUCUGCCUGCUGAUGAUAUCGAACCCCUUUUAUCCGAAAUAAAGGCUUCACAAUACGGCGCGAAUGUUCCAUCGGAUUCACCCACAGAAGAAUCUUCAACUGAAAAUAUUAUGCAUCCUAAUCCAAAGGAUUAUGAAAACAUUUUAGACACCAAGAAUCUAACUGAUGCUCAGGUUGACUUAUUACUGAUUGACUUUUCUGAUAAAAACCUUAAAAGAAUACAAUCUGAAGUUAAAUCUGCUCGAAAUGUCCAACGUAUCUGGUUGAGUGUAGACGAACCUACCGUCAUUACAUCGCCAGGAUAUCCGAAUCCUUAUCCAACUAACAGUAUUACUGACUGGAUUGUCGAAGGAAUUGGAACUGGUAUAGAAUUUAAUGUCACUGACUGCGCUAUCAAUGGUCACGUUGGAGAUUACCUCCUUGUCAAGCCAGGUCGAGCUGAUGAUUCUGGACAAGAUGGACUUCUGUUUACUUAUACUCUGAACACUGAGAGAAAUUACAGGUUUCUUGAUGUAGAUCGCAUGUUUAUGCGUUUCGAAGCUAAAAUUGGAAUGCAAUAUAUGAGAGGCUUCAGCAUCAGUGCUAAAAUGCUGGUAUCUGCCCCGUCCAUUUACGAAUCAGAACCAGAACCGGAACCUGAGGUGAGUUAUGUAGACGACAAGAUCACCCUCAACCUCGGUGGCAUCAGCCUAGAUGGCUUCAUGAAGAUCGAGGAACAGUUCAGACAGAUCGUUGCUGACAUGGCCACCAUGUAUAUCAACGCAAACAACAUUAGCACCACCGUUAAUAACACAUUGGAUGCGACACAAAUCACCAGCCGGGGCCUGUGCUUCCACAACUGGCCGAAGUAUGAGAUGUGCGCGGAGGUGCAGUUCGGAGUUCCCCUCAUCAUGGAGGAGGGAGAGAGGCCCAGGCUCGACGAGGAGGACCUCCACACCAUGUGGUUGCAGUACUCCACCAUGGAUCCCUUCGCGACGAGACUAAGGAUGCUGGGUAUCACUGAGUUCCAAGUGCCGAACGACCACGGUGUGCUGCUGGUGUGGCUGGUGAUCGCCGGCGGUGUCGUCAUCUCCAUGGUCAUGCUCGCCUUUGCGCUCUGGAGGUUCAGCUGCUUCGAGGAUUACAGCAGGAUGCCACCAUACAGCGACACGGACAGUGUGUGCGAGAAGCGCAAGCUGGACAUGUUCCCCACGCCACACCAGGCGCUCCCGCCGCUCUUCUCCGACGACGACUACAAGUGGGCCGACAGUGAGGACCAUAAAGUGAACGUCGGGUACUCCAACCGCAACUUCCUGCAGGACGACAUGUUCGACAUCGACUCCGACGACGACGUCUUGCCGGAACGGAAUAGGUACACAACAGACGUGUAGCCGUUAAUACUUAUCCGGGAUAUGGCGAUACAGCCCCGGGACAUUUACAGCGUGUGAUCCCAUCCAAAAGUAGGUACUUAUAGUGUACUCCAUAUACUUAGUUAACAAAUUGUGAUGUCAAAUAUCAAAGAUAAUCUUCAAUUUGUAAAUUUUUGU